UGUGGAAGUUCUUGGUUCGUCUCUCAGCGUCUGCUUCGCCUCUGAAAGGAAAAGCUUUGCUGCUGAGAUGUGGGGGGUAAAAGUUUUUAUUUUCAUCCUUUGUUUGGUGCCCACCUACCAGCAGUUCCCUCGCCUUUGUGUAACGCAACAAGCCCUGCGGACCAAGGAGUGCUGUCCGGUGUGGGAGGGGGACGGCUCAGCUUGUGGAGCCAGGUCAGGCAGGGGCUCCUGUGAGGAUGUGGAGAUCUCAGAGCAGCCCGACGGACAGCAGUACCCCUUCUCGGGACUGGACGAUCGAGAGAAGUGGCCUUUGGUUUUCUACAACAGGACUUGUCAGUGUGCAGGGAACUUUAUGGGGUUUAACUGUGGGGACUGCAAGUUUGGCUACUUUGGGGACACCUGCAACGAAAGAAGAGAGUCCCUCAGACGGAACAUAUUCCACCUGACCAGGGCCGAGAGAAACAGACUCAUUUCUUACCUGAAUCUUGCCAAGCAGACAAUCAGCAGGGACUAUGUUGUUGCAACACGGACCUAUAGGGAGAUGGAGAAUGGCUCCAAUCCAAUGUUUGCUGAUGUUUCUGUGUAUGAUGUGUUUGUCUGGAUGCAUUACUAUGUGUCUCGCAAUGCACUGUUAGGUGGGCCAGGGAAUGUCUGGAGAAAUGUGGACUUUGGACACUGGGCUCCUGCAUUCCCACCAUGGCACCGUGUUUACUUGCUGCACUGGGAACAUGAGAUCAGGAAGCUGACAGGAGACAUGUCUUUCUCUAUUCCCUACUGGGACUGGAGAGAUGCACAGGACUGUGACGUGUGCACUGAUGAGCUGAUGGGGGCCCGGAGCCCCCAGGACCCCAAUCUUAUCAGCCCAAGCUCUGUCUUCUCCUCUUGGAAGGUGCUGUGCUCCCAGGCCGAGGAGUACAGUAACAGGGGUGUUCUCUGUGAUGCCAGAAAUGAAGGCCCCCUCCGCCGUAACCCUGGAAACCACGAUCAAAAUUUGGUGCAAAGAUUACCAACUUCUGCAGAUGUGGAGUUCACACUCAGCCUCCCAAACUAUGACACUGGAGCAAUGGAUCGCACAGCCAACAUGAGCUUCAGGAAUACCCUGGAAGGAUUCGGGGACCCUCAGUCUGGGUUGGGAAGCAGUUCUCGUUUGGGUAUGCAUGCUGCCCUGCAUGUGUUCAUGAAUGGAUCUAUGUCCUCUGUGCAGGGCUCUGCAAAUGACCCCAUAUUUAUGCUUCACCAUGCUUUUGUUGACAGUAUCUAUGAACAGUGGCUAAGGAGACACAAACCAUCUCCAUCUCAGUAUCCGGAGUCUAAUGCUCCCAUAGGGCACAACGGUGAUUACCACAUGCCUCCGUUUAUACCACUGCACAGAAACAAAGAGUACUUUAUUUCCAGCAAAGACCUUGGAUAUGAGUACUCUUAUUUGUUGGAUGCCAACCAAAGGCUUGCAGAAUCCAUGCGUCCCUACCUGGAUGAGCUGCACGAUGUGUGGCCUUGGCUGAUCCUUGCAGCGCUCUGCGGAGGAAUUGUGACUGUGACCACAGCUAUCGCUGUCCUUCUCGCCAAGCAUCGAUUCAAAGCCUGGCCUCGCAGGAAGACUUGGAGAAAUGUUCUUGCCUUACCAGAAAAGCAGCCACUUAUCUGGAACAAUGAAACUGAAGCCAGCCACCAUAACUACCAAACAACUAUGUAAUUACUCAAUGCCAAAAAACAUGGGAUUAUUACCAAUGUUUAUCUAAAUAUAUCUGUUGCAUGCAUUUAGAAAACUAUGUAAAAUAACAAUGUUUACAACUGAUUACAUUUUGAUAAAUGUUAUCAAAUUCUUCCAUAGCAUUAAUGGAAGGAUGCAGCACAUGCUUUUAACAUAUGUUCUUAGAGUACCUUCAUUUUUCAGAAAAUGUUUUCAUGAUUCCAGCCAUGUAUUCUUUAGCUUACUUAUGAUCAUUUUGAAAACUAAGACUGAUUUACUUCAUUAGUUGUGAACUUGAGCUUUCGGUCUCUUUGAAUAAAUUAGGAGAACCUUAUGUUUACAAUCCCUAUUAAUCCUAACCUUAACUUAUAUGGGGAACUUUGCAAAAACAGCAUUAAGUCACUCAAAGGCAUAAAGUUAUUCAAGUGCAAAGCAUUUUGCCCUUGUUGAAUGUACAUCACUAAACCUAUGGAUUUAUUGCAGUUAGCAUAGUUUCCUUAUCAAAGUAAAAAAUACACAAGGCAAAACUGUAAGCUAAAUGAAAUGCAACUUGAAAAUGAUAACUGACACGUAACAAAUGGGAAGAGAAAGAAGUAAGUUUCGCUAAUUGAACUGUAAAAGCCUGGUUGCAGUAAAUGGGAUUUACAUAAAAAACAGCUUAAUGUAAACCACAAUUUGAAAAGAACAAAACAAGAAAACAGUGCCCCAGAGCAAAGAGUUAGAGUCUGGAUGAAAGCACUCUUCAGCGAUAAACAUAAUUCUGCAUUAGACAAGGAGAGGGUGCCAGAAUGUUGGGUUGGUACAGAUUGCCUCAAGAAUAAUAAUCAAGUCUCAGAGGCCCUGAUGGGCGCAUGGGGUUACACACCAAGUAAGAUAAUAUAAGGAGAUGACAGUCAUUGCUAAUAGAAUGAAUGGACAGUUGUCAAUAGAAGAUAUGGAUUUUUAUUUCAUAGCAUCACUCAAUACUAGGUUUAAUGUCAGUGAUUUCGGUGAUGAUCAGCUCUCGUUCUGCAGAACAAGCGAUUUAACUUUUAAAACUCUGACGGAUGAGACGUGGAGUCCAUGUUUUACAUGCGUCCCGACUCCAACGCAGCUGAAUCAGUGGAUGAAUUACCUAUUCAGUCUCUGAUCUAGUUCUGCAGAGGACUUGUAAUGAACCAUGCACUAUUCUGCUGGAAGGAGCCCACUGGGUCAUAAAGCAAUGGACAUCAUGCGCAGAAAAAUUCAACAGGCAAAAUUAAUUAUCAAGUAGUUAGGGAGUUAAAUUACGUCCAUACCAUUACACCACUAUAAACCUGAAAACUUCAGAUAAGUCCUGAGGGAUCCGUGCUUCCAUGUCAACACCAAAUCUGUUAUGAUUCAUGUUUUGUCCGUGCUUAGUAUGAUCUUCUGCUGCUGUAGCACAUAGGUUUUGAGAUUUUUUUAUUUAGUUCAUAUAUAUAUAUAUAUAUAUAUUUUUUUUUUUUUCCCAAAAAACAGAAAAAAAGACCUAAUUAUCAAACAUAAACCCAAAGUGAAGAGAGCUUGCUGCAACAUGACUGGUUGAUUCUCCACUAAGUAUACUUGUAUAAUCAAGUAUACUUGAUUUAGGAAGUAUACUAAGCUCUUGAUAAACUGGAUAGCGAUAGUAAAUCCUGCUGCUGUGGUGAUUAUGUGAUUCAGUAAUAAUAGAAAAAUAUACAGAUUCAUUGGUCAGCUGGUUACCAUGGAGCCACACUGGUUUCACACAGCCUGUUGGCAUCAAUAGAUGUGAUAUGUAUUGCUGGCCUCUUAAAAUAGGACUAGCAUUACGUCUUUUCCAGGCACAUAGUGCCAUUUAACAUUUUUCAACUUUUCUACUUCAGUACUGUUCAGCAAGUCCUCGGCACCUAGCUUUAUAAUUUUGAAAAUUACAGGGUUUUGCCUUUUAACUUCAUAUUCCAAUUUAAUUUGUGUUUCCUAUCCUAUCACAAUCUCAAUAUAGUUCAUAGAGAAAGAUUAGAAAAAUCUAUUGUAGCUUCCUCAAAGACUUAUUUUUGUUUUUAUAAACAAACACCAACACUCUGCUUUGAAUUUGCUGAACAAAACUUUAUUUUUUUUGCAGGGGGUGGAAUAAACCUGUUUCCUAAUGUACUUCUUCUGAUGGUCUCAUUAAGCCAAAUAAAUGUCAAACAUUCUAUACAUAGACGCAUGCUGUCUAGUGUAUCAUUUCAAUAAUACAGUAUUUUGCUCAAAAUACUUAGUAUUCAUUUGGCAUAGUCAAAUGUGACAGUACAUUCCCAUUAAAACCGCAGUGUGUUGUAGUCACAAGAAAUAGUCACUCAAAGCAAAAGUGUACAAAAUAACUGCAGAAUAUAAUGUAAAAAAAAAA